AGCUACUUGGGACUCUUUUGUCCUUCUUUGCUCUCCGUACGAAAACUUUGGUGGAGAGGGUCACAGACAUGGCGGCUGUAAGGAUGGCAAAGCUGACAACCACCCCUGCAGGUCUGACGUUUGCAUCUAUAAGUGUGCAUGCAGCCAAAGAAGAGGAAUCCAAAAAGCAGCUAGUGAAACCAGAGCAGCUACCCAUAUAUACUUCACCACCUCUCCAGUCUAAAUAUGUUGAAGAACAGCCUGGUAAUUUACAAAUGGGCUUUGCCUCCAUCCGCACAACCACUGGUCGUUACAUUGGCUGGUGCAAGGGUGUUUAUGUCUUUGUGAAAAAUGGGAUAAUGGAUACAGUACAAUUUGGUAAAGAUGCAUAUGUUUAUCUGAAGAAUCCACCUCGAGAUUUUCUCCCGAAAAUUGGAGUGAUUACUGUUUCUGGAUUGGCAGGCUUGCUGUCAGCAAGAAAAGGUUCUAGAUUUAAGAAAAUUGCUUAUCCAUUGGGACUGGCCACUUUAGGAGCGACUGUUUGUUACCCAGUUCAGUCUGUAAUAAUUGCAAAGGUAACCGGAAAAAAGGCAUAUGCGACAAGCCAGCAAAUUUAUGAAGCAGUUAAAUCAUUGUGGACGAAAAACAACAAAAAGGACUCACUCCCCAAACCUAAAGAAAAAACUAAGCUAGGAAGCCCUGCUGAAAUAGAAAUGCCUGCAAAGACAGCUGACGACCUGAAACACUCAUUGGCUUCGCCAACAGAACAAUCUAAAAUGAAGACCAAAUCAGAAUCCGUCUCAGGUGCUACACACCCUGUGCCUGACCCCAAGCUCAUGGAUCACGGGCAGUCCCAUCCAGAAGAUGCAGAUAUGUACAGCACUAGAAGCUGAAGCAGUCUACACAGAGAACUACAGAUGUGUGAAGUUCCAAAUAAUAAUGAAAAAAAUCAUGUUGUGGGUAAUUGACACAUAAAGCAUCACUUUAAAGCAAAUUUAUUCUUCACACUUUCUAAUGUAUAGGUUGACCAAUCACAGAAAUGAUUAAAUACAAACAGGAAAUGCAGCCCAAACAAUAUGAAAUGAUUGGUGAAGAGGCAGAAGUAGUACUAUUAGGAUGCAUUUGAUGAAUUUUAAGGGUGUUUAUAAAAAAUAGAGUAAAUAUGUGAAUACUUAUGAUACUGAAACCUGAAAAAAAUAUGUAUGUGUAUAUAUAAAUCCAUAUACACAUAUAUAUUUGCUUUAGCUUUUUCUAAUGAAUGCCAGCUAAAUUAGAAUGGUGUGUGAAAGGACAUGUUCCCUGUCCUUCUAUUUUUUCAUUUCCCAGAGCUGGAAUAAACUAUACAUAUUUUAUGACA